AUGUACGGGGGUGACCAAGGCGGCUACGGCGGUGAUCAGGGCGGCUACGGCGGCGGUGGCUACGGAGGCGGCCGCGGCGGUGGCGGCUACGACCAGGGCGGCUACGGUGGUGGCCAAGGCGGUGGCUACGGCGGCGGCCAAGGCGGUGGCUACGGCGGCGGUCGAGGCGGCUACGGAGGUGGCCGAAGCUACGGAGGCGACCGCGGUGGCGGAGGAUACGGCGGCGGAUACGGCGGAGGCCGAGGAGGUGGACGCGGUGGCGGCCGAGGCGGCUACGGCGGUGGCGGAGGAGGCGGCGGCGGCCGAUCCAAUGGCCCUUCCGUCUUCGUCGGUAACAUCCCAUGGAGCGCCCAAGAAAACGACCUCGCCGAUCUGUUCAGCGCACACGGACAAGUCGUCAAAUUCAGAAUCCUCGUUGAUCGCGAGACUGGCCGAUCCAGAGGAAUGGGCUUCUGCGAGUUCGCCGAGGAGUCGUCUUGCCAAGCAGCGAUCGACAGUCUCAACGGACACGACUUCAACGGCCGUCAACUCCGUGUCGACCACGCCAAACGCGACUAA